UUGACCUUUGUCGCUUGAUGAGAGCCCUGCGGCUGGCUUCGAAGCCUUUGGCCAAGUCGCCUUUUCUUCGUGCGAUGGCCAGCGCCAGUGUUCCAACCUGGGACCGCGCUCUGGGCCUACUGAUCCUACUGGUCUGCGCGCGCGUCGCCAUGGGCGGUGCCUCUGAAGUGGAUGCUGCGGUGGCAGCAGCGCGCUCGGCCUUUCCAAAAUGGGCUGAGAAGCCUCUGGACGAGAGAAAGGCUGUGCUGCAAAAGGUCCUGGAACGAUGGCAAGAGAAGAAGGCGGCUGCUACAGAGUGGUUGAUCAAAGAGUUGGGCUGCAACGUGAACUUCGCUUCCAAAGUGCAGGUCAAUAUGGUAGACAUGCACUUGGGCUCCUGCUUAAAAAUGGUCGAUCUCAUCAAGUUUGAGGAGAAGAUGUCUUUGGGAAGCUUGGUCGUAAAGGAGCCCAUUGGAGUGGUUGGCUGCAUCACACCAUGGAACUAUCCACUGAACCAGAUCGCUUGCAAAGUCUUUCCGGCCAUGCUGGUUGGCUGUACAGUGGUGGUGAAACCCAGCGAGGUCACCCCUGUUGUGGCAUACAUCCUGACCGAGGCGAUCCAUGAGGCAGGAGUACCUCCGGGUGUGUACAACAUGGUCAUGGGCGAUGGUCCGAAUUGUGGAGAGGUCAUAGCGGCACACCCGGACGUGGACCUGGUAAGCUUCACCGGUUCCACACGCGCUGGGCGAAGGAUUUCGGAGGUGGCAGCCAAAACCUUGAAAGGGGUCCGAACGGAGCUUGGUGGUAAGAGUGCAGCAUUGUUGCUUGAGGAUGCAGAUUUCAAGAAGCUUGUGCCAAAGUUUGUGAUGCACCUCAUGUCAAACAGCGGGCAAUCCUGCAACGCCUUGAGCCGCAUGCUGGUUCCAACCAGCCGUCAUGCCGAAGCGAUUGAAAUUGCCAAGAAGGUGGUCGAGGGCGUCAAAGUCGGAAAAUCGGCAGACUCCAAGGCAAGCAUUGGCCCCCUCGCAUCUCAAGCGCAGUGGGAAAGAGUUCAAGGCUACAUCCAGACGGGCAUCAAGGAAGGUGCCAAUCUGGUCGCUGGUGGUCCUGGGAGACCUGAAGGCCUUGAGGAGGGAUUCUUUGUCAAACCCACGAUUUUCGCAGAUGUGGAUAACAAGAUGACCAUUGCGCAAGAAGAGAUCUUUGGACCAGUCCUCUCCAUCAUUCCCUACAACUCUGAAGAGGAAGCCAUUCGCAUCGCGAACGAUACUGUCUAUGGCCUGAACAACGCAGUAGGCAGUGCCUCUCCCGAGCGAGCGAUGCAAGUGGCUCGAAAACUCCGCUCGGGGAUGGUCAUGAUCAACGACACCACUGUCCUUCCAGAUGCACCUUUUGGUGGCUACAAGCAGAGUGGAAAUGCUCGUGAGUGGGGCACCAUGGGAAUCGAAGAAUAUUUGGUCACCAAGACCAUGGCUGGCAAGCCAAAGUCCAACUUGUAG